GUGUGUGUGUGGCUGUGGCUCCGGUGGCGGUGGCGGUGGUCGUGCGCUGUUCUCGCGUCUAUGAGCGGCGGACGGUUCGACUUCGACGAUGGCGGCGCGUACUGCGGGGGGUGGGAGGGGGGGAAGGCGCACGGCCACGGCCUCUGCACCGGCCCCCGGGGUCAGGGCGAGUACUCGGGCUCCUGGAACUACGGGUUCGAGGUGGUCGGGGUGUACACUUGGCCGAGCGGCAACACCUACCGGGGCUACUGGUCCCAGGGCAAGCGGCACGGGCUGGGGCUGGAGACCAAGGGCCGGUGGGGCUACCGGGGCGAGUGGACACACGGCUUCAAGGGCAGGUACGGGGUCCGGCAGAGCCCGGCCAGCGGGGCCCGGUACCAGGGCACCUGGAACAACGGCCUCCAGGACGGCUACGGGGCGGAGACCUACGCCGAUGGAGGUACGUAUCAGGGCCAGUUUACAGGAGGAAUGCGGCAUGGCUACGGAGUGCGGCAGAGUGUGCCCUAUGGGAUGGCCACAUUGAUCCGCUCGCCUUUGCGCACCUCCUUGACCUCUCUCCGCAGCGAGCACAGUAACGGGACGGUCCUGCAGCAAGAUGUCUUGGCCGAUUCCCCUGCCGUCGUACCCGUGGCCACCCCCAUCUCUGGUCCGAGCCGUGGUGGCUUCGCCCUCAGUCUCCACCACACGGGAGAGGCUCAGCAGAAACCCAAGAAGAAGGGGUUGUUCCGACGAGGCUCGCUGCUGGGCAAACUGAGGAAGAGCGAGUCUAAGACUUCCCUGUCCAGCCAGAGGAGCAAGCUGAGUUUCCUCAAGAGCGAUGCAGGGCUCAGCUCAGCCGCAAGCGAUGCCAACUCCACCGUCAGCCUGGGCGAUGGUGGUGAGGACUUCCCACCCAUCGAGGCGGACAUCGAUGCCACCACCACCGAGAGCUACAUGGGCGAGUGGAAGAACGACAAGCGCUCGGGUUACGGGAUCAGUGAGAGAUCCAGCGGGCUCAAGUACGAGGGGGAGUGGCACGAUAACCUGAGGCACGGCUAUGGAUGCACCACUUUCCUGGACGGCAAGAAGGAGGAAGGCAAAUACAAGAACAACUUAUUGGUCAAAGGGAAGAAGAAGCAUUUGAUGCCCCUGAGGACCAACAAGCUGCGGGAGAAGGUGGAGAGGAGCAUGGAAGGAGCACAAAGAGCAGCAGCUAUUGCCAGGCAGAAGUCUGAGAUUGCACUGUCCAGGUGUUCCCAUGCAAAAACCAAGGCUGAAACAGCAGACCAGGCCGCACAAGCUGCAAGCAAUGAGUCCAGUAUUGCGAGAGCGAUUGCCAGGGAAUUGUCACCGACCUUUUACCAACCAGGUCCUGAAUAUCAGAAGCGGCGACUGUUACAGGAACUGUUGGAAAGUGAAGCGAGCGUGGAGCAAGCAGACCAGGAACCCCCGUCAAUAGAGGAGCCUCCUCCCACCCCGCCAGAGAGUCCUGGCCUGCACGAGAAAGCCCCAACCUCGAUCGAGUCGUCCCCCGCAGGGACCCCGUCACCAACUCCGAUUGAGACGCCGCCGGAGGUGAGAAAGGUUAAAGAAUCGAACAUCAAGAAGGAGGUCUCCAGCUCCAGCCACCUAAGCCCCGGCAACUGGAACGGGGAGCAGAGUAAAGCCGGGAGCCGUGCAGGCAGUCGACCUAACAGCCGGCCCACCACCCCUUCUGGCGUACUGACGGUGCAGUUCGAGAAUAGAUCAGCCACGAACAGCAGAACUCCAUCCAGGAGCUCGAGUCACCAGAGCAACAGAAGGACACCCACAAAACUGGAGGAGCAGCUUGCGAACAACCAUGAUUUGGACAUAAAGCCCCUGGAGAGGAUCGAAGGCAAAUCGAGAACAAAUCAAACUAGCAGAUCACGAGAGCCUGUUCCAGAGCCCAUUCUGCUCCACCAUCCCCACCAGCUGCAGCACGGUGCUGAACUCCACUCAAACUACCACAGUUACCCUGUGCGGAUGCAGUCAGGGCCACAGCCACUAGAUUUAAUGGAUGACGAAACCCCUGCUCCACCAGUGCCAGCAAAACCUGAAACGCCAGUGAAACCGUCAACCCCGGAGCCCAAACCGGAGGUCAGUAAGGUAAAGGAACCAAAGUCAGAGCCCGAGGUGCAAGAGUUUGCACCGGGCCCCAAACAGGAAAAGCAGCCACAACCCAAGGCCGAGUUGAAGCCUGCGCCUAAAGCAGUCACUAAACCACUAUCGAAAGCAGUGCACAAACCGACAUCAACUGGGAAAGAAUUAGAAGAAGCAUCGAAGUUUGAUCAGGGACCCAAUACCAUUAUGAUUGCCAUGGUUAUGUUACUGAACAUUGGUCUAGCAAUCCUGUUCGUACACUUUCUCACAUGAAACAUGUGGCCAAGACCGAGAAGACGAGUGAUGCAGCACAAACUCUUUACGGUCACGGGAGAAGCCCCCACGACAAUUUUCCUGCUGGGAAUCUAGGAAGAGGGCUUCGGGGAAAGUUGUCGUUCAUCCUGCAAGAUGUCACCUGCAGAACGGUGCAAAGACUGAAUCCAGUGCUGCAGGCUAGAUCUCCCUGAUCUGUUUUCCAUCACCAGUUUGUGCCCUACAUCUUCCAUCAAUGAGACACAUUGGAAGUUGUAGAACUGACAUGAUUGUGUUUAUCUAAACUAACAGCUGCCUUACAUUUUGCUAGCCAGUGUUUAUCCUGCACAGGAUUGUGCUUGUUUCUCGAAUUAUUCUAUUUGUACAAAUAGACAGGCGUUGGAGAUGGGUGUGUGGUGGUGAGGGGGAAUGGGGUUGGAGAUGGGAUGGGGGUGUGGCGAAGGGAUUAACAAGAGACGAAUAGAGAGCGAAAAAAAUAUGAUUCUUAUGGUUUUAUUUCGUAAAGAGAAAAAAGAAUAAGACUUGCGAAUCGGCUCAUAGUGAUCUAUGGCACAUAUUUUUAUAGUCUGAGAAUUUCUUUUGAUGGGUCAAACUGAGUAAAAGAAAAGAAAAUCCAAUACGGAUAAUAUUAAUGUACAUACAUUACGCCGUGGCCUAACAAAGUUUGGAGAUUCUGUCCUAAAACUCAACCAUGGCUCAACUUUUAGUGCAUUCAUAGAUGGUUUUAUAUGUUGGCUCGGAAAAUAUUGGUCUGCAUUGGAUUUUUAACACAUUUUACUCUCAGUGUAUAUUACUAACCUGAAGGGUGGUAUGAUUCAUGCUUGUUGCAUGUUUGCUUUAAGAUAAGCUGUUUUUAACCCUAUUCUACCAUCUUAUGGUACUUUAAGAGCACUCAACCCAUAUUUAGCAACUUUGUCAUAAACUGAGAUGAAAAGGAAAUGCACAAUUUUUUGAAACAAUUUUCGGAAACAGUUUUAAAACUAGUUGAGGAACAUUUAAAAUUCCCCGAAGGCCGGCCCUUUCUUGCGGCAACUUUUUUCUAUGUUUUGAAAGCCAGAACAGUGACAGAUAUUUCUAUACCCACACUUUGUAGCUAUAUAUUUUUGAAAAGGACAUUGGCCGCAUUUUGAGGAGCUGUAUGCCAUUCGAGCUGCUGAUCACAUAUAAACAAUGGAAUUUCAGCCCCUCAUGUCCAGCAUAAAAAAAAACAGUAUUUCUGCCAACAUAGUUGAAGAGUUAAUCAGCUUAAAACAACGGUAUCAUGCAAUAGAGUUUAACAAUAUAAAUUGCUUGCAACAAGUAGUGUUUUCCUUUUCUUGUGUGCCAAUGUAAGAGGUAAUGAUGAUCUGUUUUUCCUUCUUUUUCUGCAUGUAUGCACUUUGUAGAGUGUUUUCAUAGUUUUUUUUAAAAAAGCUUGUUUUAUCUAUAACCAGGUAUGGAUGCUGUUGUACGGGAUUAAAAAAAAUAUUCAGGGCUGUUUUUUUUUGGCUUUGUAAGAUUUAUACAAAAAAGAGAUAAAAUUACCUCACAAGUGCAUGCUUUUCCAAAAUAUGAAUUGAAAAUGUUUAUUUAGUCUUUUUAUGUCUUAUGACAAUGUGAAUCAUUUAGCCAGUGAUGAACAAUUCCUGUGCAGGUAAUUAUUCAUUUCUAUAAGUGUUAUUGAAUGCUGUCUGAUCAAAGCAUUAACAUUUUUUCAGGAA